AUCGAAAUCCUUAUAUCAAAGUGUAAACACCAAUGCUGAGCUGGUGAAUUAAUCAUUCUGUCUUUGUUCUACUAACCGUAACCACGUUUUGAUUAGACUUCGACGUCAGUUAUAGUGGAAAAGUGGAUAAAGUGUUUUUUGAAUAAUAUGGGUUAAAUAGUUGCAUGUAUCUCUGAUCUUAAAAAAAAUUGAUCAGGUUAAAAAAGAGAUUCAUAAUGUAAACAAGACAUCUGUGGAAAUUACACCGUAUUUUGUUAUGGCAUUCGAGCUUAUUCUACUCAGUGGUCUUAUAUUCAUAUUCAUUCUGUCGUUUUGUGGACUACUUCAGAAGAUCAAACAAUCGUAUGAGAGGGAACAAAUUAUUGCAGAACGUUUGGCCAGGAGGCAUGAAGAUGCUGCCCGAAGAGCUACUAUUGAUAGUGUCUAUGUAAAUUCAGCCUACAUAGCAGAUAUACACAAUGAAUCGGGGAUAUUUCCAGAAGCUCCACCUCCUUAUAUUUGUAAGUUGAAUUAUUUAACAAUACAAAAAUAUAUUUUUCUAUGUAUUUAUACAGCAGCAAGAGUAUUUUAAAACAAUCUUCAAUGGCAUAAGUGUUUCUCCAACUCCUAGUGCCCAAGGAGCGCACUGAGGAUUUUUCCUUUCAUCGGAAUAUCAAUAUUCUGCGACCUACUUAGAUGUAAUUUCUUUUUACUCCAUACGCCACUUGCGAGGAAGUAUUGUUACUGCGGAAAAUUCGAAAAUGAGGUAUUAUUCUUCUUGGAUGUUAUAUGUAAAACAUCUAAAUCACGAAAAUCCAUGUGCCGCAUUUCAGUCGGCUUGUCUGUCCGAUUUUCCUUGGC